UCCAACAUGUUUUCAUAUUUGGACACCCACUGCGUCAAAUCGUUCCGAGCAAUCUCCACAACUUGGAACGCCAUCGGAGCCACAGUGCUCGGAACCAGGACCAUCUUCCCGAUGGAAGACUUCCAAAAAAAUUUCGCAACACCGGAAGAAAUUCAAAAAAUAAAUCCUGCCCUGGUCAAACGAAUAUCUCUACGAGACACACGCCUCAGUUUUUAUAACCCGUUCACAUCAGUCACGUCGUCAUGGUGGCGACACAUCAGGGAAAUUCGACUAAUCAUGAUCCCAGAAGUUUGGCCGGGAUUCGUAGAAAUCCUGAUGGCGGACGGGCUCCCAAAUCUGGUCAGGCUGGCCCUCACAAAAUCCUAUCAUGACCAUACGUAUAUCAAUUUUAGACCAGUAUCCCUCAUAAAUCUGAAAGUAUUCGAGUUCUAUCAGAUAAGAGACGUUGAAAUGCACAAUGUGAACAUCAAUUUGCAAACCAUAAUCGAUUCAGCGCCAAACCUAAAAAGUUUGAAAAUUCAUGGAUAUUUCUUCCCAGAUUUGGGAAAAUACGGAAAAAUUCUAAAAAAUUUGGAGUGGCAUGCCGUAUCGAUCUUUGGUGCGAGAAUUCAAAGUUUGGAGCCGCUUCACCCCUUCUUAUCCCAAGUCUCCCCCACAUUGGAGCAUCUCAGCCUUGGCAUAAAGUUUACCCUUCAUUACAAGAAGCCAGAUCAACUCCCGAUCACUGCCAUCCCUCCGUUCCCAAGGCUCAAAUCCUUUCAAAAUUUGGCUUCCGAUGUUUUCCAAAUUGAUGUGGAUUUCAAAAAUUUUCCUAAGUUGAUCACCCUUUCGCAGCAGCCUUUCCGCCUAACGAGAGAACUCGUGCAGUUGGACGUUGAUAGGAAUCGUCCUGUGGAAAGUGGAAUUCGACAUGAAGGCAUAACAAAACUCCAAGUGGGGAAUAUUUGCGACCUCAUAAUGGUUUCUCUGGCACCCGUAAAAUUUCCUAGUGUGACACAAUUGACUCUAGAAAUCCUGCCGCAAGAUGCGGGCAGGAAUAUUUAUAGCAAUGCCGAGUACCUGGAGGAAUCCAUCUAUAUUGCGGAGAUUAUCGAGACGUGCGCUUCAUGGAAACUCUUGACCCACUUGGACAUCGUGCUGCUAAUUUAUGAACCGAGAUUAAGUAACGUGGUGGAAGCAUUGCAUUCUUCCUUGGACGUGAAUUCUGGCCUUACAGAAUUGAAGAUUGUCUGCCGCGGCGACUACUUUGAACCGGAUGAUGAAAUUUCUAAACAACGGACCGUGUUUGACGAUCUGCCCUGCGAUGGGGGCAAGUUGUUUGAGUUCAUCUCGAAUUGUGGCGCCCUUAAGCGGCUAACUUUUCAGGGAAUUUGGUGGAAACCUACAUCCAUGGUUCGCAUCAUGGACUUCUUAGCAAAUAGAAAGUCUUCUCUUCCGAUCGUAAUCUUUGAGUAG